AUGAGUGAAUUAUUAUCAAUAAAGAAUUUAUUUAUUUGUUCUCAUGAGAAGAGUGUAGACGAACUUAAAAGUGCUAUAGAAGGUUUAAUUGGGAAAAAUAAAAUAGAAAAUAGUGGAGAUAAUAAAAAUGAAAAAAAAUAUGAUAUGAUAAAAGAUUACUUGGAUGCAAAUAAAAAUAAUGUUUUACAUUUUGCUGUUUAUGGAAACAAUUUUAAUAAUGUUAAAUUUAUAAUUGAAAAUACUAACCUUAUAAAUAGUUUUAAUAUUGAUGAACAAAACAGUCUAAUUAUAAGUAUAUUAAACAAAAAUACUGAAAUUAGUAAAUAUUUAAUCGAUAAUAAUAUUGACUAUAAUAAAACAGAUAAGUAUAAAUCUAACGCUUUGUUGUAUAGCCUUAUUACGCAAAACUAUGAAAUUUUUAAUAUAUUAAUAGAAAAAAAAAAUAUAGAUAUAAAUAUAAAUAGUUAUGAAAAAGGAAAUUUAAUUAGUAUAUGUGUUUUUGAAAAAAAUAUAAAAAUAUUAAAAAAGUUACUUAAUAAGAAUAUUUCUCCAAGUUUUGAAAAAAAUAUUUUUCCACAUCCACUUAUUUUUAUUAUUUAUAGCAAUGAUAAUGAUUUAUUAUAUCUAUAUUUAACAUAUUCUUUAUAUUAUUAUACUAAAAAUGAAGAAUUAUAUAAGUUAAAUGAGAUAAACUUUGAUGAUAAAACUAAUAAAAUAAUCAUUGAUUUGGAAAAUAAACAUAUAAUUGAUUCCAUUUUAAAUGAUAAAAAAUAUGAUUUAACAAUUUUUAAAAAACUUUUAAAUCUUAAAGAUGAAAAUGGUUCAUCAUUAUUAGAUAUAUGUACAAAUAAUAAUAAUAAUACAGGGAGAAAUGUCUUGUUAUAUUAUAGUGGAAGUGAAUAA